CAAAAACUAUGAAAGCGAAACUCAUUAAAAUUUUAUAUUCAGAAAAAAUGGCCACACUUUCUGAUGAAUUUGAUACUGUGCUUGAAUUUUCAUCCCGUAAAUAUCCUGAUAUAAUUAAAAUUGCUUACAUACGAGAUAUUAAAUCAAAAGAGAAAUUAUCUGAAAUUUUUAAAAAACCUGAAGAUCUUGAUAACGCAGUAUUUAUUAUAAAUCCAAAGCAGUAA